UUCCGACUGUCCUCAAACGGAGCUUGGAGCGACUCCGGAGCGGAGCCUGAUCCGGGGAAAGAGCCUCUAGUCCCGCCUGAGGUCGGCGGAGCCCCGCUGUGCGGAGAACCGGGGAGGAGGAGACCCCCGUGAGUUCCUACAUCUGUAACAGAACCAGGCUGAUCAAGAACAACUGGAGGACGACGACAAUGUAUGAAAAUGUGCCAACAGCGUCCUCCGCGGAGCGGCAGCAGGUCCUGGGAGCUCUGGAGCGUCUGCAGGCCAAACUGGUGCAGAGUGAGGAGUGGAGCCAGAGCGACGUCCUGGGGAACCUGCAGGAGACGCUGCAGAGCCCGCUGUUCAACCACAUCCUGACCCUGCAGCACUCCAUCAGGCAGCUGCGACACCAGUUGAGCAGCAUGCCUCCUGACACCUGCAGAGACUUCAGUUUCUCCAAAAAGGGUCAGCUGAUCAUGAGCACCGUUGAUCCCGCCGGCAUCUCAACCCCAACCACCCUCUCCACAUCCUCCUCCAUCCGGACCAAUAACUCGUCAGCACCAGUUCAUCAGACUCCGCCCUCACCCGACGUCCUACAGAAGUGGAUUCGCCAUGAAGCGAAGGGCCGCCAGAUGGAGCGGGUCAGCUUGACCCGGCCCCUCUCUGGUGGGUUGGGCUUCAGCGUGGUCGGUCUGAAUCCCAUGGGAACCAGCAGCCAGGGCGUCUUCGUCAAAAACAUCCAGCCCGGAGGAGUUGCUCACAGGGACGGGCGACUCCAGGAGCGGGACCAGAUCCUGGUGGUCAACGGCAGUCCAUUGGAGCCGGGCAUCAGCCACCAGGAGGCGCUGAAGCUCCUGCAGCAGCCCGGGGAGAGGGUGGAGCUUGUAGUUGCCCGGGACCGCCCCCUUGACGCAGCGCCGCCGUUCUCCACGCCCAUCAGCAUGGACCAGUGGGGUCACGUGGAGGAGAUCGAGCUGGUCAACGAUGGAUCUGGUCUGGGCUUCGGCAUCGUGGGCGGGAAGACGACCGGCGUGGUGGUCCGGACGGUCAUCUCUGGCAGCGUAGCUGACAGGGACGGGCGUCUCCGGAAGGGCGACCACAUCCUGCGCAUCGGGGCGACGCCCACCAGCGGCCUCAGCAGCGACCAGGUCGUCACGGUGCUGCAGGGCUGCGGGAGUCAGGUGACCAUGCUGGUGGCCAGAGACCCUCGGGGCCAGAAGCCGGCGGGCCCGCCCCCCCCGCCGCCGCCCGACUCCGCCCCCGUCGCCUCCGCCCCCCCCCUCCUCCAGCGGAGGGUCAGCAAGACGCCCAACCUGGAAGGCUACGAAAUCCAUGAGGUGCCGCUCGCCAAGAAGGACGGCGAGAGCCUCGGCAUCUCCAUCAUCGGAUACAACCCUCUGACCAGCCAAGAUGCGGUUGGCGUGUUUGUGAAGCACGUGGUUCCUGGCAGCGCCGCCGACCAGAGCGGGAACGUGGCGGUCAACGACCGACUCAUAGCGCUGGAUGGCGUCAGCCUGCACGGUCUGACCAAUCAGGAGGUUCUGGAGGUGAUGAAGCAGACGGGUCGGACCGUCGUUCUCACCUUGGUCAGAAAGAAACCCCGAGCUCUGGAGAGAUCUCUAGAUAGAGUGCACCGGGAGUCGUCUCGCAUGUCCUCGGUGAGGUCGUCAGAGGUCAGAGCUCGAUCCUCAGUGUCCGGAGCCCUGAAGACCAAACAGGAAGCUUCCUCCCUGAACGCAGGACAAGUACCCAGAGCCUCAGAGGCAGAACUGAGGGCUAAAUGGGAGCAGGCUCUGGGACCCGAUUAUCAAGUCCUGGUGGUCCAGUUGGAUCCGGUUAUCGAGGACGAUGCAGAGCUGCAGAAAUCCUCCAAGCUGCUCCCCAUCCACACCCUGCGUCUGGGCGUGGAGCUGGACUCCUUCGACGGACACCACUACAUCUCUUCUGUGGCCCCUGGGGGCCCCGUGGACCGACACGGAGUCCUGCGACCGGAGGACGAGCUCCUGGAGGUGAACGACGUCCAGCUCUACGGGAAGUCCCGGCGCGAAGCUGUGUCCUUCCUCAAGGAGGUGCCUCCUCCAUUCACCCUGGUCUGCUGCCGGCACCUCAUAUCUGACCUGGAACCAGAACCAGAACCAGAACCAGCACCAGCACCAGUGCUACUGCCAGAUCAGAGAUCAAGGAGGCCGUCAGAGGAAAGUAUGGAAGAGAUCGAGAUGCAGCUGUCGUCGAUGCUCUGCGGUCGCCUCGGAGACGACGUUAGCCUGCAGCCGGCCGUUGAACAGGAAUCUGUCCCACAGGAGCAGGUGACUUCUGUGGAGGAGGAGUUGGGGGAGGAGAGUCUCCACAGUGAUGAAGAGGAGGAGGAAGAUGAGGAGGAGGAAGAUGAGGAGGAAGAUGAGGAGGAGGAGGAGGAUGGAGAGCUGGCUCUGUGGUCUUCAGACGUUCAGGUGUUGGAGCUGCAGAAGGAGCGAGGCAAAGGGCUCGGCUUCAGCAUCCUGGACUAUCAGGACCCGCUAGAUCCCGGUGGCUGUGUGACGGUGAUCCGGUCUCUGGUACCCGGCGGCUCUGCAGAGCAUCACGGCGGUUUGCUCCCUGGAGACCAGCUCGUGUCAGUCAACCAGACCCAUCUGGACUCGCUGACCUUGGCCCAGGCCGUGGAGGUCCUGAAGUCCGUCCCGCCGGGGACGGUCCGCCUGGGCAUCCGCAAGCCUCUGGUGGUGGACGCACCGGGGAUGAGGACGGAGAGUGCCCAGGAGUUUCCUAGCAACGCAGCUUUACCAGCACCAAAGGGGUUUGGUGACAACUCCGUUCUCCCAGACGACCUUUUUGAAAAAGAAGAGGAGGAAGAGGCAGAGAAGGAGCUGAUCCUGGAUGGAGGUCUACCUCGGUAUGCAUCCUCCGUGAUAUCAGACCUUCUGCCAGCGGAGGAGGUGAGGGAGAUGACCGUGGACGAAGAGGAAGAGGAGGUGAAGACGGAGGACAGGGAAGAGGAGAUGAGGGGCUCCCUCCACAGGAAGCCACCUCCCUCGUGGGAUGAGUGGAAGCGUUUGUCCUCCGUCAGGCCUGUAGGAGAAGAGGAGCCAUGUGUGGGGCCGAGCGAUGAAGAGAUGAGGACUAUGGAGGCGGAGGAGGAGGAGGAGGAGGGGGAAGGGCAGAGAUCUGACCUUGAAAGUAUAGUGUCUGCAGGAUCCCUGGUUCUGGGCAUUCCAGACUUCAGAGACAGUGAAGCCGACUCGGAGCUGACCCUGACGGACACCGACACCGAAUCUGCAAGAAUGACCAACACAGCGCGGAGGAAAAGGCGGAGCCAGGGAGGAGCCUUUCUGCCAAUGAGAGGAGGCCACAGCGAUCUGCCCGAGAGAGAAGAGGGGGAGGGGGAGGAGACGCCCGCCUUCAGCCACUGGGGGCCGCCUCGCAGGGUAGAGGUGUGGCCUGAGGAGGGCCAGUCUCUGGGGCUGAGUAUCGUCGGGGGGCAACACGUCAUCAAACGUUUGAGGAACGGAGAGGAACUGAAAGGAAUCUUCAUCAAGCAGGUGCUGCCCAACAGCCCUGCACACAAAACCCAGUGCCUGAAGACCGGGGACAAGAUCCUGGAGGUAUCAGGUGUGGACCUGCAAGCUGCCAGUCACGCUGAGGCGGUCAGCGCCAUCAAGUCUGCUCCGAGCCCCGUUGUCUUCGUCGUCCAGAGUCUGUCAGUGACUCCACGGCCAGUGUCUCUGAUGGCUUCCAGCUACAGCAAACACAAAGCCAAGAGGACCGAGUCUCCGAAACCAGAAGCAGCUCCGCCCCCCCCGAGACAGCCCCCGCCCUACCGACCUCCCAGCCAAUCAGAGGAGGAGCUGCCGUCAGAGCUGCAGGAGGCCAGAGAGCGUUGGUGUGAGCGCUAUGGUGACCUGCGGGGAGAGUUGCUGUGCGUGGAGCUGGAGAAGGAGCGACAGGGUCUUGGUCUCAGCCUGGCGGGGAACAGGGACCGUUCCCGGCUCAGCAUCUUUGUGGUGGGCCUCCAUCCUGGGGGGCCGGCUGCCCGGGACGGGCGCAUCCUGGUGGGAGACGAGCUCCUGGAGAUCAACAGCCAGGUCCUCUAUGGGCGGAGUCACCAGAACGCCUCGGCCAUCAUUAAGAGCGCCGCCUCCAAGGUGAAGCUCGUCCUUCUCAGAAAUAAAGACGCCAUAAACCAGAUGGCCGUGGCUCCGUUCCCGACCCCGCCUCCUCCCCCCAGCCUGAGCCCCGUCAACCCGGAGUGUGCGUCUCCAAAUCUGCCCGAUGUCUCCGCCCCCUACGAUGGGCCCCGCCUCCCGGACAGUCUGAGGCUCCACCCCUCGUCGGUCUCACCGGACGAGAUGACGAGUGAUGAAGGUGAACGGAACGACAAGAGCAGAAGCAGCGACGGCGCCAUCAAGAAUCUGGUGGAACCAAACGUUUCCAGAAAGUUCUCCUCCAGGAAACAGACGGCAGCGUCUCCUCCUCUGAUCAGCGCCGAGCUUCACACUGCAGACCCGUCAUGCUGCGCCGUGGUUCCUGGUCAGGAGACGGUUCUGGAAAUCUGUAAAGGCCGAUCCGGACUGGGACUGAGUAUUGUGGGAGGAAGAGACACACAAUUGGACGCCAUCGUGGUUCAUGAGGUUUACGAGGAAGGAGCUGCAGCCAGAGACGGGCGGCUGUGGGCCGGAGACCAGAUCCUGGAGGUGAACGGCGUGGACCUCCGCGGGGCGUCUCACGAGGAGGCCAUCGCCACCCUGCGCCAGACGCCGGCCAAGGUUCGACUCACGGUGCUGCGGGACGAGGCCCAGUACAGGGACGAGGAGAACCUGGACGUGUUUAAGCUGGAGCUGCAGAAGAAGAGCGGCAGGGGCCUGGGGCUCAGCAUCGUCGGGAAAAGGAGCGGCAGCGGCGUGUUCAUCUCCGAGGUGGUCCGAGGGGGCGCCGCCGAGCUGGACGGACGGCUGAUGCAGGGAGACCAGAUCCUGACAGUCAACGGAGACAACACCAGACACGCCUCCCAGGAGGCCGUGGCCGCCAUUUUAAAGUGUGCGCGAGGACCGGUGCUGAUGGAGCUCGGCCGACUCAAAGCUGCAUCCUGGAUCUCCUCCAGACACGCUUCCCAGGGAAGCCAGGUGAGUCACGCCAGCAGGAGCAGCUCGGGUGUUGUGGCUCCACCGCUCCCUCAGACACCAGCGUCAUCUGAGCUCGCCUCCUCCACCCCGCCCCUCAACUCCAGCGCUGACAUCACUUCCCUGUCGGCUGGCAGCUCAGGUGUGGACGCAGGUGUGGACACAGGUGUGGACGCAGGUGUGGACGCAGGUGUGGACGCAGGUGUGGACGCAGGUGUGGACGCAGGUGUGGACGCAGCAGUCCGGACAGUGGACUUCACCAGGGGCGUCAACGACUCCCUGGGGGUGAGUAUAGCUGGGGGGAAGGGCAGCCCUCUGGGAAACAUCCCCGUCUUCAUCGCCAUGAUCCAGGCCAACGGAGUAGCCGCCAAGACGCAGCGACUGAAGGUGGGCGACAGGAUCAUCAGUAUCAACGGUGAUUCGGUGGACAGUCUGUCCCACAGCGAAGUCGUCACCAAGCUGAAGAACAGCUACGGAAGCAUCACUCUGCAGGUGGUGGCCGACACCAACAUCAGCGCCAUCGCCUCCCAGGUGGAGAGUUUAACCGGCAGCUCCAGCGUGUCGGCCAACACCGACACCCUGAACCCAGCUGAUCCAGAGGGCCCGCAGCCUCACAGCAUCAGCCUGGAGAAAGGCUCCGAGGGCCUGGGCUUCAGCAUCGUGGGAGGGUUCGGCAGUCCCCACGGAGACCUGCCCAUCUACGUCAAGACCGUCUUCAGCAAGGGCGCGGCGGCGGCGGACGGCCGUCUGAAGCGCGGCGACCAGAUCCUGGCGGUGAACGGCGAGAGUCUGCAGGGGGCGACGCACGAGCAGGCAGUGGCCAUCUUGAAGAAGCAGAGAGGAAGCGUCACGCUGGACAUCCUGUCGUAACACGCACGACCGUCGUGGCGCGUUCACGCACACUUUGACUGAACUUCAGCUUGACGAAUAUCGUUGACUCUGAACUAACCAACCUGCAAAAAAACAGAAAAGAAAACUGCACCAGACGAGACUUCCUGUCUUUUCGAGGACCGUCCUUCACAUGAAACACAAGACACACUUCCUGUGGACAGAAACCAGAACUGCAUAUCAAAGUCCAGAUGGGUCACAUGACCUGUCUCCAAUUAAAGCUGAUCUUAUUCUGCUAUUCUGACGUGUGGGGACGGAAACGUUGCCCUCCUGACUUUGUGAAACAGAGUGAAGCACAUAAUCCCGUAGAUGAACUGCACUAUAAGCCAGCAUGUUUAGCGGAAAUCCAGUUUUUACCAUCUACUUGUUUGAAAAUAUGUAUUUACAGAAGCCAGCUAGCCAAUAAAUCAGAUAUCAUGAGAAUAAGCUGGUUUACACCGUUUUAUGGACAGUUUAAGAGGCUUUUCAUCACUGAUGUGUCUUCUGUCUACUGCUACGUUGAAGCGAACACAUCGGCAUCACAAAUCCGUCCCAUUUUCUUCUGCUCGAUCCAAUUAUCUGGACGAUAUUUGUCCCGAUACCUGAUAUCAAAAUCCGAUUGGUGUAUGAGAGACGAGCGUCUCACUAGCUCGGCCUCUCCACCUACACGGUUCUGGUCCUGGACUCUCACACGAAGACUCGCAGUGAAGUUUCAACUAAUACAUUCUGAAGUUGCAAAAGAAAAGAACCACUUUCAGUUAAAUACAGAACUAAAUUACCAAACUCCUCCUUCAAAUUCAAAACUCUUCUUUCCGACAUAUUCAGUCACUAAUGAUUUAUUUUCAGGGUACAAUUUUAAUACAUGAAAUGCAGAGUUCCCCUAUAAUUCUGUUCAAUCUGAUUAGGAAAAACCAUAAAUGUUGGUUUUCUUGAACUAAGUAGAAAAUAUCUUUGACUUUCUUGUAAAAAGGUGAAUAUUGAUCACAUUGGCAGGAAUUGGCUGCAUAGCUGCUGAAGGUUUAAGGAAAGCUUCACACCUCACUCCUGAAACUUUCUGAGGAACAUUCCCAAAUAUCAAAAUUACUUCAAUUCCACAAAACACCUAAACUUUUUCUUUCGGCAGAUUUAGAGAUUCCCUUAAAAAGUCUUUUAGUCUUUAAGUCUUUAAGAUUUCUUUAGAAAAUUGUUUCCUCAAAAUGUUCUUCCUACCUUCAUCUCUCUUUAAGAGCCCGUUAAAGUUCACUAAGCUGUUGAAGAAAACACUUUAGAAGACAACGUAAGGAGGAAUUGUUAACCUUUGAACCACACCUGAACGUGCUCCUUAAACCCCAAUAUUAAAACUUUAAAACUUGUAACAAGAUUAUUACUGAGGAUUUAUGUUUUAGACAUCAGUUCCAAAAAAUAUUAUAAGAUUUCCCAUAAAGCUAAAAUAAAAGUUUCAUGUCAAGACCACCUAGUUAAAUCUGUUAAAACCUACAACACAUGUCAAAAGACACAUUGGGACCAGAUUAUGAACUUGGGGUGAUGUUGGGCUCAAAUAGCCCGGUCCUGAACCAGAACUGGGCCAGAAGAGCCGGAUUCAGCCCAAACGUGCCUGUUAUCUGGAAAACGGCUCAGAAAACGUUGUUAGCUAACGACAGAGUUCCUUAAAGUGAUGGACUCCAUUAUUAAAAUUCCAUCAACAAAUGUUAUUACAAUAUUGAUGAGGAUUUCCUACAUUUUAGAUGUCAGUUCCACAAAAAGUCUCAACAUUUCCCUUAAAGUCCAAUGAAUGUUUUUUUUU